GCAAUUUAGAAAACCAGACAAUAGAGCACAGUCGGCAUCGGAGUGAAUUAGAUACAAUAAACACUUAUCAUACAGAAACUUCGGAAGUCGGACGAAUUGUAAGAAAGUGUGAAAAGGAAUUCGCUCAGAUUGCGGUUUGCACGGACUACCUUGUGAAUUGUGGUUUGCAAGGGAAUGACUGCGGUUCGUCCGUAGUGACUAUUGGAUUGCGGUUCACACAGACUACCUUGUGGAUUGCGGUUUGCAAGGGAAUGACUGCGCUGAAUAAAGAUAAGAUUAACCUUAUAAUACCUUUCUUUUUAUUUAACAAGGAUGAUAAGAAUAGCAGAACAAUAAAACUUUUUUGGAAUAAACAAGAUAUCGCUAUUGAGUCCGAAAUAAUCGACGAAGAAGCCCAAUUGCAAUGGAGAAAAGGGAAUUUAGAAUUCGAAAGAACAGGUCUCAACUACCUUCAAGCGACGUCAUCCGCCGUUCAAGAAAAACAAAUUUCAAGCUACACAUCUUACAAGCAGAGUACAUCGAAGUUUGCAACAUCAACAAAGAAGAAAUCGACUAGAAAAAGAAAAUCAGUAAGUUAUACUGAAAGUUCUGAGGAAGAAGAUCAUUCAUCUGAUCAAGACUACACGGAGAAACCAAAGAGAAAACAGGAAUCAAGAAGAUCAAAGCGAUUACGGGGAAAAGCGAACUGUGAUGAUAUGGACAAAGGUGACAUUACCGUAGAAACUUUAGAGGAUGAAAAUACAUCAAGUCCGGCUCAACCAACCAUGGUCUCAAAUACCUCUGAAGAUACUACUUUGUGCGAAAUUACUCCAAGUACACCCCAGCAAUUAAAUACUUCAGAAGAUUUCGCAACUUCACGCGAAACAACAUAUGAUGAAUUUUCUGCACACAUAAUUUGUGCUUUUAAUACAACGAUACAUCUUGUCAAAGAAACGAUCAAAGAACCAACAAUGUAUGAGAGAGUUAGAAAUAUGCUCCAGUCAAGAAACAAACUGGCUAUGAGUGAUUCGAUAAUCAAAAAGCUCGAAAACAUAUUUCAAGCAAACUAUUCUGAAAUCGAAUCAAAAAUAAUUUCGGAAACAAAUAUUGGAGAUAAUCAAACAUCAGAAGAGGAUAGAUUUAUGUUCUUUAUACGAUGUGCGUUACUGGACUUUGUCUUUAGGUUUAGAUAUUUGAUGCCGAAAGUCUUAGACCGAGACAUGCUUGAACGAUCCUACAUUGUCGAAUGUCUGUCCCCAAUUCUGCGAGCAUUUCGCAAUGCUUUUCCUGACGUCAAAUACAUGUGGUUAGAAAAAGACGAGCUUUUGAAUGUAGAAGUGUCUGGGCCUCCUUAUAGAUUAACAAAAAAACACACGGUUGGCGAUGUCAAAAAACUACUAAUUAUGGCUAUCUGCAGUUUGUGUCGGCUCCUUGGCAAUAGCCUUGAUUGCAAUAUUGAGGACGCAAAAAACGUUAAAACCUAUAGUAUCCAGGUCAUAGGAGAUCGACUUACGUUGUUUGCUGUCUCUUUAGUAGAAAAAAGAAAGUAUCUGGCUGUCGAAUUGGCUUCCUGUGUGACUCCAUUCGCGUUUGACGCAAUCACAUGUUACAUGAAGAUUUUUAAUUUUUUUUCAGUUAUUCGAAGUGAGUUCGUGGAACAAGAAAAAUUACAAAAGAAAAUUCGUUCCUUUAUUCCAACUGACAAGUUUUCUGAAAAUGUAAGAGAGUGGUUACACCUACCGGACGAUGACAUUUCACUUGUAACAGAAGAAGAUAUGGACGAAAUCUUUAUGAUGUGA